UUUUAAUUAAUAUUUUAAAUUGUAUCGUUAUAAGGAAUCUUUUGCUUUAAAUAUGUCUGGACCAAACGGAGAUCCCAAUAUUUCAGCUGAUGAUGGAAUAAUCGAGGAUGAAGAUGAAUUCAGUGAUGAAGAAUACGCAGCGAUCGACUCCAUGCUGGACCAGAUCAACUCGUGCCUGGACGACAUCGAGGAGAAGAACGACUCUCUGAACGGGAAACUUCACGAGCUCCUGGAGUCCAACAGACAAGCCCGACGAGACUUCAGAGAACAGCUGAGUGAUGAAGAACGUGACCAUCCUCAUCCUCCAGAAGAAGACCCAGCGUCCAGAGACACACAGACCCGAGACUAG